AUGGCUCAGUUUUUGUCGAGCAUAUUGGGUAACAUUGUUGGGAAAACCGAACACCAUGUGAAAAACAGCUUCGAGUUUGCCCAACAAGUAGCAGGAAUGCAGAUUCCCGAUGAGCAUGUCCUAUUCUCUUUGGAUGUCAAGUCCCUGUACACGAAUGUUCCAGUACAAUAUGCGUUGGAGUGUAUAGGGGAAAGGUGGAGUGAGGUGGAGGAGCACACGAAGAUCGACAGACGAAGUUUCCUGGCAGCGGUUAAGUUGGUAUUGGAUUCAACGUACUUCACCUAUCGUGGAAUCUACCACAUGCAAAAAUUCGGAGUACCAAUGGGAUCGCCUCUAUCGCCGGUGAUAGCCAACCUUGUGAUGGAACGCCUGGAACAGGAGUGUAUGUACAAGGCAGAGCAGAAACAAAUAGGUAUGCUGGUGUAUAGGCGGUACGUAGAUGAUUGUUUUUGCAUCGCACGGGAGGAUCAUGUUGACCAAAUUUUGGCAACAUUUAAUGAUUUUCACGACAGGCUUCAGUUUACCGUGGAAAGGGAGGAAAGUGGUCGGCUUAAAUUCCUGGACAUGAUGUUAACUAGAAGAAAUGGAAUUGUGGAGAAGAGCUGGUUACCCAAACAGGAGAAAGGACGGUAUUUGGACUACAACUCUGAAAGCCCAUUUACGCAUAAGCGCAACACGGCAGUGGCCCUUGUGGACAGAGCAAUCAAAUUGACUGAUGCUGAAAAGCGUCCACAGGCGAUAAAAAAGGUCAAAAAUAUACUUAAAUGCAACAACUAUCCUGAGUGGUUCGUCCAAAACGUUCUGGCACAAAGGGUACACAAACACUACAACGGACUGCAAAAUAAUGGUGAAAAAGAGGAGACCAAAUAUGUUACGACGCCGUAUGUUCCAUGCUUGAGUGAGAAACUGCAAAAAACGCUCAAAAAGAACGGGUUGACACUAGCCGUCAAACCCAAAAAUAAAGUAAAAGACGUUAUUUUCAGCAAACUCAAAGAUACCAUUCCACCAGGGCAACAAAAAAAUGUUGUAUAUUCUAUCCCCUGUGGAACUGGAGAUGGAAAAAUGUAUGUUGGGCAGACGAGCAGAAAGUUGGACACAAGAAUAGGAGAGCAUAAAAAUGACAUCAAACGCAAAGACAACCGAACGGGCCUGACACAACACACGCUAGGUGACGGACAUGUGUUUGAUUUCGAAAAAGUGACGAUCCUAGAACGUAUUGUUGACCAGGAAAGCAGAAUCACAGCAGAGACAUUCCACAUCAAGUUGGUUGGCGAACGCAACGCGGUGAACCUCCAGCAAGAGUGCGGAACGUUCAACACCAACUACAAUGCGCUUGUGGUAAAGCUACGGGACGGUACAAACAGCGGACGGUGGAGAGGAAACAAAUGCGACGAUCGACACAGCAUCACAGCACACCCGCCAGACAGUGAUACCUGA